AUGGGAUGGCUCAAAGCAUCCACUGUCCCAAGAGAUGAUUUAUUCCUUCAAAAUCUGAAAUUUUAUUUUCUUUUCAACGCAGCUUCAGAGUUAAACAAGUGUACUAGAUCCAAAGAGGUGGAGGAAGAAGAAGAAAGUGUUUAUCCCUUGUGGGGAGAUGACUCUAAUCCAACAGAAAAGAAUGACCUUCUAUCUUACAUUCCUGCACCAAAGCCAAAAUUUCCUGGCCAUGGGGAGUCCUUCAAUCCUUCUUUAGAAUACAUCCCAACACAAGAAGAGAUCAAUUCUUAUCAGUUAAUGUAUGAGGAAGACCAUCCUAAAUUUAUACCUAAAAGAGGUCACGAAGAUGCAGUUACAUCAGUUUCUGUAGAAGCUUCAGGGCAGUGGAUUGCAUCAGGUGUGGAUGACAUUCUUAAUUCUUUGUUACAUUCAGUAACGGGCCAAGACAUACUUCUUUUGAACACUGGUUGUGGAAAUGAAGAAGUACAGAAAAGGACUAAAGAACUUCUCUCUGUUGAGAUGCCUGUGAUGACUCUGGUCAGCAAAACAGCAUCCAGUGUAAGCUGGCUUCAAGAUGAUAAACUUGAGGGAAUCAGGUUAAGGCACUCUAAGUCUAAGAAUCUUAACUGCUUUCUUUGUUGGGCUCCUGCUGCAGACUGUGGCUUCAGUAGAAUGGCAUCGUAA